ACUAAAAUUAAAAAUGAGAAAAAAAUAAAAACUAUAAAGACUAAUAAAAAUACAAAAUCACAAUACAAACAAAUUAACAAAAUGUAAUUAAAGGUGACAACUCGCAAUUUUUAUAUGUUAAAGUACAAUUUAAAAUCAUUCAAAUGUAUAGCAUUAUUGCAAAAUAUUAGUAAAAACUAAAAUACUAAUAUUAUCUGGCACUAAAACAAUGUUGGUUCAUAGUCAUUUAAAAAAAUGUCAUAAAAACACUUUCAAGACAGCAAAAAUAAAUAAAUAGUGAAAUUAGUCUCAGGAUGUGAGGGAUUUUUUUUUUUUUAAGUUAAUUAUGAAAUCAUAUUAUUAUGAAAAUUGUUUUGUAAAAGUCUUCACUCCCUCCAAAAAUCUUGAAUCUAUUUUAAUAGAAAGCGCAGCUUGAAAAAUCUGUCAAACAUCUCUUUUGUUGUUCUAAUGCAAGAAGAUCAGUCCUGUGGGUUUACGAGACCAUGAGGUUGGAGUAGAUGAACAACUUGAUUAGGAGAAUACUCUAUUAUCAUGCUGAUUGUCUUCAGGGAUGUGUUUUAUGGUAAUUAUUUCAUAUUCUGUGUGUGUUUGUUGUGGACAGAUCGAUACUCUCAUCAGUACAGCUGAUCUGGAGAGGAAUUAUUACUCCGCAAUCUAGCUGAAAAUUAUACCACUCGAUGGCUUUCUGUUCUGCUUAGCAGCUGAUAUGUAGGAGAUUUAUUCAAAGUAUCCAGAGUCAGUGUGAAUAACGGAAUCCUGAUUAGUUCUAAAAUAGAAUACAGUUCUUUUUUUCUUCUUCUUUUUUUUUUUUUUUGUAAGACCAUGCUCAAAAUAUGAAUAUUUAAGAUAUAUUUCAGAUGCAUCAGAUAUUUCUCAACAAUUACUUAGCUGUCAGUUCAACAGACUAUCAAAAUGUUUUGUAAUUUUAACCCUUUAAUAGAACUAAGUAAAAACCAAUAAUCUGUUUAAAGGUACCUGCUUAUUAUUAUAGAUAGAUAGAUAGAUAGAUAAAGCAAAGUUGUAAGCAAGUCCAAUGCAAGAACUUGUCUUAGCGUAACAAGAUAAGUUUUAGUCCAAUGUGGUAACAUUAGCGGUUUCAUGUAAAAAAAAAAAAAAAAAAAACUCCACGUGAGAGUUAAAAAAGCUGUGUCAUCAUCUGUCUCUGUGCGUGAGACAAACGAGAUGAGAAUCGUCUCAGUCAGAGGAAAUCCAGCAUGUAAUCCUGCUCAGCUCAUCACUUUGAGACCCGGGUUACGUAACGCUCAGCACACAGGUAACAACCGCCACUGAUACUCACACAUAUCCACACAAUUUCAUGAUAACAGGAUGAGAGCAUAGAAAUGUGAGCGUAAAGUACAGUAAAGUGCACAAACCUGGAAAAUACUUAGAUUUCUUACAGUGUAGGCUGAUUUGAUACAUCUUAGGUGAGUAAAGCCAUAUAGAUGAUAUCUGUCAGUUCUCUUGAACCAGGGUUGAUGCAUUCAAUGCUUGUGAUGAAAACCUAAUUAUAGGAUUUGCCAGGUUAGUGACAUUUCAUUUUUGAAAGAGGGCUGAGUGCAAUGAUGAACUGCCUUAAAUUAGAUUGAGUGUUUAUUGUGGUUAGUGCCCCCAUACAGUAAAGCUGCUUUGACACAAUCUAUAGUAAAAAGCAUUAUAUAAUUAGACUAAACAUCAUUGCAAUUAGUAGCAGAAUUGUAUUUCAUUAAGAAUCUACACAUUUUAUGCUAUUUAUAUGAAAGUAAAGCUUUCUUUACACUACAGAAAUUAAGCUUUUUGGUUCACAGGAUGUUAACUGAUGGACUGGAGUGGUGUGGAUUACUUAUUGUGAUGUUUUUAUUAGCUGUUUGGACUCUCAUUCUGACGGCACCCAUUCAGAUCCAUUGUUAAGCAAUGAUAAAUGUAUCCAAAUCUGUUCUCAUUAGGAAACAAACAUUCAUUUCAACAAAAGGUGCUUAAAUAAGCAGCUGUGCUCUCAUGCAGCUUCCAGGACUGCUUCUAUAUGGGUUAUAAAAGGUUUUAAAAGACAGCAUCAUGAAUGCCAUGGAGAUAUUUGCUCUUUGUGAUGUUAUGAACUGAGAUCUGUGAUGCAGUGGUCAGACCUGUCUGUCUGAUCUGGAUUUAGCUGUGAUCUGGAGGGAUGAGGAGGAUGUUUAAUGAGGAGCGUUUCCUGUUGUGUGGUCUGCAAUGACAAUGAUGAUGGUGAGAGAGUUGCAGAAUCGAGCAAAUAUCAGACUUAUAGACAUAGAAAGCGUUGAGAUCUUCUUUUGUUUUUCGGCUCAGUGUAUGUUUGAUCUCGUCACAUGAGUGGACAGAGGCUUUUCCAGAUAAUACCACUGAAAACACUGUCUGUUUACCUCCUGCAUAAUAGAGGCUUUCUCAUUUCAAACACAAAGUUACACUUGAUCUCGCAUAAACCUUAUUGUUUCUUAAAAGUUUACUGAGCUUUAGGCUAAUUGUAGGAGAUGAUGUCUUGUUUUAAACGCAAUUUUGAAGACAAGAAUUGCAAUAAUGUUUAUAAUGGAAAUCUUUAUGUAGCCUUAAGAUCUGUAUAGUUUUUGAUACUUUUAAGUCGCAUCCCUUACCAUGGUUUACUGUAAGUGCCCUUAAAUAGGCUACACUAUAACACAGCAGCCUGUACAUAUGCAUCAGAUGUUUCUAAGCAUAUAUAACGGGUUUGGAAGCUGGUUAUAAACCACUAAAAUAGUCUACACUAAAAUUUCAGUACUGCCUUUAAAAUAUCACGUGUAGGCUAAAUGAUAAAUAUCGUUUGUUUUCGCGUUUUUCUUUCAUUUCACUCUCAAAACUGAAGCUCCAUCUCACCUGAGCAAGGUUUAUGAAUAUUCAGUAGAACGCGCUCCGAUUGGUCGAUUAUCUGCUGACGUUGGUGUUGAGGCGGGAACAAAGCUAGACGGGCAUUCAAUAUUCAUAAGCAGCACCGCGGUGUUUUUAGCGUUUGCACUCGAUGCAGUCGCAGAAACGCAGUGAGGAGAAACAGACGAGCGUUAUUACACUAACACAUUACAGACGAAAAGAAGAGCGACAUUUAGUAUUUUUCUCAGGUUAUGUUUUCAUUAUUAGCUGUCUAAUGGAUCUAGUUCAGUUUUUUCACCCGGAAUCUUUUUUCUUUCCUUCUGAACAGAACAACUUUCUGGACAUGAUGUCGAUCGAUGGACACUGUCCUGCCUACAUCAAGACGGAGCCAUCGAGCCCUUCCUCCCUGUCGGACAGUCUGACGCAGCACAGUCCCGGAGCGUCGUCGGACACCGGGAGCAGCUACAGUUCAGUAGCUAAAGGCAAGCCAACAGGUCUGGACUCUCCCGCUUCAUUCCCUGCGGCGGAGGCGGAUCUUAGGCCCCCCGGCGCCCCCUGCAGGCAGCUGGAGGAAACACAGGAGAAGAGAGGAUACGGGCUGAGCUCGGGCCCCAAACGCCUGUGUCUGGUGUGUGGAGACGUUGCGUCUGGUUUUCACUAUGGAGUGGCUUCCUGCGAGGCCUGCAAAGCAUUCUUCAAACGCACUAUUCAAGGAAACAUCGAGUACAGUUGCUCAGUCAGCAGAGACUGUGAGAUCACUAAAAGAAGGAGGAAGUCCUGUCAGGCCUGCCGCUUCACUAAGUGUCUGUCUGUGGGGAUGCUGCGAGAAGGUGUGCGUUUGGACCGGCUGCGAGGAGGACGGCAGAAAUAUAAGAGGAGAAUCGACUCUGACUCCAGCGUCUUCUUCAGUGUACAGCAACCUCACAGAAAACAACCGUCCUGCAGCACUCAGGGGGAGAAUAAGGUGGUGACCCUGCUGUUGGGGGCGGAGCCAGAGAAGCUGUGUGCCAUGCCUGACCCCGCCCUCCCUGACAGUGACAUCAAAGCCCUAACGACCUUGUGUGACCUCGCCGACAGAGAGCUGGUGCUCAACAUCAGCUGGGCCAAACACAUACCAGGUUUCUCCAGCCUCUGUCUGUCCGAUCAGAUGAGUCUCCUGCAGAGCGCGUGGAUGGAGAUCCUCAUCCUGCGUGUGGCUUUCCGCUCGCUGCCCUGCGAGGACAAACUAGUGUUUGCAGAGGAUUACAUCAUGGAUGCUGAACAGGCCAAAUCAGCAGGUCUGCUGGAGCUCCACAAGGCCAUAUUACAGCUGGUGCGCAGGUACAGGUCUAUGAGGCUGGAGAGAGAAGAGUUUGUCACUCUGAAAGCCAUCGCUCUCGCAAACUCAGACUCGAUGCAUAUAGAAGACGUGGAGGCCGUUCAGGGUCUGCAGGACUCCCUCCAUGAAGCUCUUCUGGAUUAUGAGUGUGUCCAUCAUGGGGAAGACCCUCGACGGACGGGGAAACUGAUCAUGACCCUUCCGCUCCUCCGCCAGACCUCGGCCAAAGCCGUGCGGCACUUCUGCAGCAUCAGGCAGGACGGACGCGUCCCCAUGCACAAACUCUUCCUGGAACUUCUGGAGGCAAAUAUCUGAUCCUUUACCUGAUUGGACCGUCAAACAGAGGUGACACGCCCCUCCUGCACACGAUUGGAUGAAGGAUUAUUCACAAAUCCAGGGAAAACAACAGGCGCUUGUCAUUGUCAUGAUACCUAACAAUAAUACAGCAUAUUCUCAGACUAAUACAGUUUGUUUUGUAUAGUUGACAGAUAACCAAAAAAUGAAGUAUCAAAUAUACAGUACUGUUCAAAAGUUGUUGUUUUUUAGGAAAUUAGUCAUUUUAUUCAGCAAGGAUGCAUUAAAUUGAUCAAAAGUGUCAGUAAAGACAUGCUACAAAAUCAGCAGAUCAGCUUAUUAGAAUGAUUUCUCAAGGAUCACGUGACACUGAAAUAGUGGUGUGGAAAAUUCAGCGUUGAUCACAGGAAUAAAUUACAGUCUUACAUAUAUUCAGACACAAAACAGUUAUUUUAAAUUAUAAUAAUAUUACAGAUUUUUCUGUAUUUUUGAUCAAAUAAAUGCAGCCUUGGUGAGCAUAAAACACUUUUUUUAUUUUUAAACAGAUCACACCGAGCCCAAACAUUUAUGAGUGAGUGCUGGAAGUGAAUAAAUAUUGUUAAAUUAUUGGAGAAACUAAAUCUCAAGCUCAAA